AUGGCGAACUGCGAGGAGGUGAGCUGGGGGGAUGCCCAGGGGCUGGUGGAGGCCAUGCCCUCGUGCAAGGACGAGAAGCUCUCGUACCGGCGCCUGCGGCUGCUGGGCCAAGGCUCCUUCGGCAAGGCCUUCCUGGCGCGGGACCUGCAGAACGGGGAGCUGGUGGUCAUGAAGCAGGUGCACGUGGAGAAGAUGGAUGUCAAGGCGCGGAACACCGCGGUGCGGGAGGCGGUGGCGCUGCGGAGGGUGCAGCACCCCAACGUGGUGCGCUUCCGGGAGGUCUUUGUCCGUUCUGGCUGGCUGUGUCUCGUCAUGGACUUUGCUGAUGGGGGCGACCUCUGCGCCGCUAUCAAGGAGCGUGCCAAGAGCGGGGAUCUGUUCGAGGAGCCGGCGAUCCUGGAGUGCUUCUCGCAGGUCUGCGAUGCCGUGAGCUUUGUACACAGCUUGAAGAUGGUGCACCGGGACAUCAAGUCUCGGAACAUCUUCCUUUGUAGGACGGGCCGGGCGCUGCUGGGGGACUUUGGACUGGUGCGGCUGCUGGAGUCUACCUUGGAGCUGGCACAGACGCGGGUGGGCACGCCCUACUACCUCAGCCCGGAGAUCAUCCGGCGACAACCCUACAACCACAAGACGGACGUUUGGAGCCUGGGCGUGCUCUUGUACGAGAUGGCGGCUCUGAGGCGGCCCUUUGUAGGCACGCUGGAGACGUUGCCCAACCUUAUCGUCAAGGGCGAGUACGAGCCUCUGCCGGGGAAAUCCCGGGCGCUGCCGGUGCUGUUGGGGCGAAUGCUAGUGGUGGACCCCACGCAGCGCCUGGACCUCUGUAGCGCUUUGAGGGAGGAGCCCUUGGCGGAGCCCUUGCGGAGGUCCCAGGAGGCACUGGGCCUGGUGCCCUUGCGCAAGGAGAUCCAGGAAGAUAUUCAAGAGAAGUCGGACUGGAUUGGGUACAACACCAUGAUCCGCUUCAAGGCCCAGCAAAGCGCGGGAGACGCGGUGGACCCUAACUGGAGCACCGCCGCCCAGGACUCCGACGAUGGCGGCGGCUCCGAGUCGGACGACAGCUGGGGCUCCGUGGUUGACACUGGCAUGGACGCCCUGCAGAAGCUGGCGGCUUGA